AUGCGGUUUUUACCAUUGUGCAUUGUUACCUUGCUCAUCCUCUACACAGUCUUCUAUUUAACUAGGCGAACCUAUGCCAUUGGCGCAGCUGAAAUUGGUGAUGAUGUAGCUGGGAAUGUUCGAGGAAAGUCGUCUGGGAAGGGGGAUAAAGCACCUUGCGGGAAACCCGUGGAGACUAGAUCAAAUAUCAAGGGUCGACAAGGUCAACUGAGACGCAAUUCUCGGGGACCAGAAACAGCACAAUCUUCACAUUUAUCUCAACAGGCUACACUUGAAGAUCCUCUGGUACUUUCCGAAAUUUCUUCCUCAUCCGUUGAUGACAUUCUUGGAGAAAGUUUUCUAUAUGAUGUCGAGCUAGAUGACGAAGAUGAGGAUUAUGAGGUACAUUCUAAAGCUCCAAAGGACAAAGUAUUACCGUAUACUGAGGAAUUGGAAGAUGAGGAAGCUCUAGAGAAUUUUGGGAGUCCAUCUCAACCUUCUGCACCAUCCCCUCAACCAACUGAGCCUAAAGAAGUCACUAAGACUUUCACCACUAGUAAGCCUGCUACUUCUGCUGAGGAAUCUCCAAUUCCUAGAUUAGCUGGACGAGGUGUUACUACUUUAGACAUUUCUACUCCAAACACGUCCCAGCACCAAUCCUUCGAUUAUAACUUUGCUGGUAAUGCAAUAAGACUUAUAGUUCCCAAGAAGGGUGUUACUGUUAAAAGGUUAGUGGAUGGCACUGAAGAGAUCUGGACUCCUUCAUCUGGAGAGGAAUUCAAACACGUUGAUGCGUACUUGAACCAAGAUUACGAGCCGAAACUUGUUCUUUUAUUGGUAGAGGGAUCUUCUGGCAUGUUAAGAAAAAGUUAUGCAAAGAAUGAGAAUAAAUGGGAAGAAUGUAAGAACUAUUAUGAGGCUAUUGGCAAGUUAAACAUUCAAACGAAACGAGAAUCCUACUUUGACAUUGAUAUCUCUGCUGAUAAGGAUACGGAAGACUGUACUGUUUUUGAAGUAGAAUUACUGGGUAUUCCUACUCAUUCAUAUUUCCCCAAACCUGGCCAUUUCGCUACUGGGGUAAGGGAUGGUAAAGCAUCCAUAUGGAAAGGCAAUAACGUUUCUGAUCGUUGUAUUUCCUCUAUUAUUAAUACAAACGGCGAUAAGAAAGUACUGGAGUUGACGGUAGUGGAAAAUGGUUCAAGGGUAUGUAAAUUCUUUGAAAAGAAUGGUACUGAAUGGAAGGAUAUUACUGAGAAGGAUUUUAAUGGCAAAGUAAAUGGAAUGAAGAAUGGUGUUACUAGUCAAUCUGCCAAAGAUGCUCCUAAAGCUUCUCAAGGGUCCUCCAAUCCUACUUCAAAGUCUAAUACCACUCCUAGACAAAAGCGUGUCUACUAUGUUGGAGCUCCAAAGCAACAAUCACAUUCUCCAAUCGGUAAUAUUGAAUUUUUCGUCCUUGUAAAUGGUAUUCCUUCAACGAUGGACAACUUGGAGUUCCAGUCAUUCAUCAAUAAAAUCACAGAAAAUGUAAAAUUCUGCAAAGUUCUUUACAACUUCUUCAAUGGUUCUGCACUUUCCAUUGGAAUUGUGGAGUUUGACGAUAUUUCUUCAUGUACAACAUUUCUGAACAAAUCAAAGUUUCAGUGUGUUCCAAUGCCACUUGAUAUUUAUAACGCAUUAAAGGCAUGUAAAUAUUACAGGGAAGGUGUAAUUUACGAAGAUGUUGUAAAGUUGAUAUGCAAGCUAUUCUCCGUUCCAUAUCACUCAAACAAGUUGAAAUCUGGAUUAUCUGCUGAUCUUUCUGACGAAUUUCUCAUGGAGAUUGAAUUUGAAAAGGUACAGGGUGAGAUGAUCAAAAAUGGAGAUUUCGCAAUCGCAGCAAAACUAUUCCCGUGGUUUAAUAUAUCGCUCUUGUCACUAGCUGGAAAUUACAAGAGAACUUUUGUAAAAACUAUGGAUUCUGAUAUGCACAAAAAUCUGGCAUUCGUCUCUGUAGACAAUUCACCUGCUAGAUCAAUGGAUAAGAGAAAUGACAUCAAGUCUCCCUCCAAACACACUACCAGAGAUGAUUCCUCCAAAAAGAGGAAAAAGGAUGAGGAUUUUUCACACAAAAAAGGCAAGGAGGAAGAAUCUCUCAAGAGAAGGGAGGAAAAGAAAAAGAGCGCAGACGAAGGCUCCUCCUCCAAGAAAAAGGUUAAACGGUCGGAAGUUGAGGAUAAAAAGAAAAUUAAAGAUAGGCACAGCGAACAUUCUAAACGUUCUGAAUCCAAGGACAGAUAUAGAGAUGAUUCAAGAGAUAAACAUCGUUCUUCUAGCUCCAAAGAUGUCUAUCCAGACUCUAGAGAGAAACACUACGGAGAAGAUAAGAGGGACAUGGAUAGACUCAAAGAUAAAAAAUAUAGGAAGGAUUUAGAGUCAAGGAGUAGACGGUCAGAAUCUUCAAAGGACGGAAAGUCCUCAAGGAGCGACAAGAAAUCCUCUGGCAGUACUGAUAAGGUAAAGAGAGCACGUUCCAAAGAACGCCCGAGCAAAAGAAAGGAGGAUAAGGACAGGAAUGUGAAGGAAAAUGAAGAAAAGGUCCCGUUUAAGGAUUCUAAAAAAGAUGAGAAAAAGGAGCCCAGGAAGGAGGAACGUCAAAAGGAUAUCAAACUCAACAAGGACUUCAAGUCUCCAUUUGCAGAUGUCAUUAGACAUAGCAGAGAUUCUGAAAUGAAAACCGAUUCCACGCCAAAAGAUAAUGUGGAAAAGGACAGAAGGGACGUAAAUAAUAAAAAGUCUGGCGAAAAUGUAACAGAUUGUAAACAAAUUACAAUUAAAAACUCGUUGGAUGAACCCAAAAAACUCUUGCAUCCAGAUCUCUCCAAGGACCUUGAUAGCAUUAGAGAAUCCAAAGUCAGACGUCUAAAGCUAGAAAGAAAGUUGCGGAAGGCCUCUGAAAAGGUAUCCAAACGUAGCAAAAGGGUGCUAUUAGAUAAGCCAGAGUUUAAACGGAGAAGGUAG